GCCCGCCCCGCCCUCCUUGGAAACCGGCAGCUACUGGGCGUGUGCGCGGGCGGGCAACUGGCCGGCCUGUCUGCAAGCCUCCCUCGGAGCAGCCUGCGCGCCCUUUUGGACGAUGGGGGACCCGCCGCCCGACCCCGAGCAGCCUCCCCAGCUGGCCUCGGGCAGCUCCCAGGGCUCUGAUCGGCGGCGCAACGGGGAGCCCCCCUCGGUCCAGUUCACGCUCCCCGCGGAGGUGCCGCCGGAGGAGCUGGGAGCCAUGAGGAGCAGUCAGGAGGUGCUGGCGGGCCAGGGGUGGCCUCCAGGAGCCAGGCUGAGCCAAUAUGAGGAGCCUCAGGGUAGCAGCGCGUACCCGACCUCGGAUUUCCAGCGCCAACCGUACCUGGAUGAGGACAGGACCCAGACCAACCUGAUGCUGGAGCAGCUGCAGCAGGGCCAGGGCAACCUCUUCCAGCAGCUGGAGUCCGCCUUCCAGGACUCCCAGCCCGACGCCAUGGCCCAGUUCGCCGCCGCGUACCAGAGGGAAGAGCAGCAGUUCCAGCAGUUCCAGCAGUUCAGCGAGGAAGCCCAGCAUGGGCCCUACAUGCGGGAUGACCCUUCCCUCCAGUUCUCGCCCUCUGAGCUGGGCUUUAUGCCCUUCGAUAUGGAGGUGUCGGAGCCGGAGCCCCGGGACCUGGCCGUGCAGAACGCCAAGGCCUACCUGCUGCAGACCAGCAUCAGUUGCGACCUCAGCCUGUACGAGCACCUGGUGAACAUGCUGACCAAAAUCCUGAACCAGCGCCCGGAGGAUCCCUUGUCCAUCCUGGAGUCGCUGAACCGCACCACACAGCUCGAGUGGUUCCACCCCAAGCUGGACUCGCUGCGGAAUGACCCCGAGAUGCAGCCCACCUACGAGAUGGCCGAGAAGCAGAAGACACUCUUCAUCCGGGGCGGCGGCGUGGAGGGCGAGCAGGAGAUGGAGGAGGAGGUGGCAGACACGGCCGUGCCCAACAUCAUGGAGUCAGCCUUCUACUUCGAACAGGGCGGCGUGGGCCUGAGCUCCGACGAGAGUUUCCGCCUCUUCCUGGCCCUGAAGCAGCUGGUGGAGCAGCAGCCGAUCCACACCUGUCGCUUCUGGGGCAAAAUCCUGGGGCUCAAGCGCAGCUACCUGGUGGCCGAGGUGGAGUUCCGGGAGGGCGAGGAGGAGGUGGAGGAGGAGGAGGAGGUGGAGCUGAUGGAGGGUGGCGAGAUCACCGACACCCACGGCGAGGAGGAGGGCGAGGAGGAUGAGGAGAAGGCCGCCGACAUCCUCCCCAAGCAGAUGUGGAAGCCGCCGCCCGUCAUCCCCAAGGAGGAGAGCCGCUCGGGCACCAACAAGUACCUGUACUUCGUGUGCAACGAGCCGGGCCGGCCGUGGACCCGGCUGCCGCACGUCACGCCCAUCCAGAUCGUGCAGGCCCGCAAGAUCAAGAAGUUCUUCACCGGCCACCUGGACGCUCCGGUCAUCAGCUACCCGCCCUUCCCGGGCAACGAGGCCAACUACCUGCGGGCCCAGAUCGCCCGCAUCUCGGCCGCCACACACAUCAGCCCCCUCGGCUUCUACCAGUUCAACGAGGAGGAGGGGGACGAGGAAGAGGAGGGCGGCGCUGGGCGAGACUCCUUCGAGGAGAACCCCGACUUUGAGGGCAUCCCCGUGUUUGAGCUGGUGGACUCCAUGGCCAACUGGGUGCACCACAUGCAGCACAUCCUCCCGCAGGGCCGCUGCACUUGGGUGAACCCUUUGCAGAAGAAGGAGGAGGAGGAGGAGCUAGGGGAGGAGGAGGAGAAGGCCGAUGAGGGGAUGGAGGAGGCGGAGCAGGAGAUUGGGCCCCCGUUGCUGACGCCACUCUCAGAAGAUGCAGAAAUCAUGCACAUGUCACCCUGGACCGCGCGCGUGUCCUGCAGCCUCUGCCCGCAGUACUCCGUGGCUGUCGUGCGCUCCAAUCUCUGGCCCGGGGCCUAUGCCUUCGCCAUUGGCAAGAAGUUUGAGAACGUGUACAUCGGCUGGGGCCACAAGUACAGCCCGGACAACUUCAACCCCACGCUGCCGCCGCCCGUCCAGCAGGAGUACCCCAGCGGCCUGGAGAUCAUGGAGAUGAGCGACCCCACGGUGGAGGAGGAGCAGGCCCUGAAGGCUGCCCAGGAGCAGGCGCUGGCGGCUGCGGAGGAAGAGGAGGAGGACGAGGAGGAGGACGAGGAUGAGGACCCGGAGGACUGAGGCCGCACAGCGCCCUCCCCCAGGCAGGUAGAGAGCGCGCUGCUCCUUUCGCGUAGUUCGGAGCUGUGUUUUCGCUGUUGGUUUGCUUUGUGCCCCUGGAAGGCAGCUGCUCGAAAUGAAACGUUCCCCUGGCGUUCCGGCCCGGUCAUUCAUUCAUUUGCUCACCGGCCUGCGGACGUGACCUCCGCGUCAGGGCGAUGGGCUCUGCUGGGAACACCGACACUGCUCCGCACAGCCUCCCCCGUUUCCCUUGUCCAUUCCUCGGGGCAUGACGUGCCUCCGGGAGCCUCGGCCUGUGUGCUCAGUUGUCCUGUACACCGAGGGUUCCAUUUCCGGUCAGGGCACAUAUCUAGGUUGUAGGUUCGAUCCCCGGAGGGGGCGGAUGCGGGAGGCAACCAGGGGAGCAACCGGCCGAUGUUUCUCUUUCACAUCGAUGCUUCUCUCUCCUUGCCCCUCUCUCUAAAAACCAACGGGCAUGUCCUUGGGUGAGGAUUUAAAAAAAUAAAAAUUAAA